AUGGAAGUACAAGAGGUAGUGGUGAUCCAGGAUUCAGCAAGAGAAGUUUGUGUGAACUUUUUGAAGUGGGCAGUGCAAGGCUUAAAAUUUAAAGCUGGUGAUAGACUCACCCUGGUCUCAGUUCUUCAUCAAGUCAAUACGCCUUUGGGAUACAGAAGAGUUGAUUCAUGUUCUAUGUUUGGAGCAAACCCUAAAAUUGUAGAGAUAGAAGCAAGAAAAAUUCAAGAGAAGUACGAAAAGGAUGAAGGGAUUAUUGAGAUUUCUCAGCUUUUCGAGAUACAAAAGAUUGAAUUUAAGAUAGAGGUGGCUACAGGGCCUUCGUUGAGGUAUGUAUGCGUUGAAGUGGCCAAAAAAUUAAAAGCCAACGUUGUGGUUCUUAACAGUUAUGAUAUGAUUAAUGCAUGGAAGAAUGACAGGGAAAUGAAGAAUGAUAGGAAAUACUUGUUAGAAAAGCUUUGGUGUGGAAUUUCAAGGAUAAAGAGCAAUGGAAAAAUUGAAGUAUUGCGAUCCCCAAAAGAAAAGGCAGCAAGAGCAAGAGGAAUAAGAGCAAAGCAUUAUUCUACAACGAUGACCACUGAACAGAAGGCAUCAUCAGCAUCACCAAUCAUUGAUGAACAUGAUCUUUUCAGCAUAGAAAUUUAA